GCUAAGGGACGGACGCAGCCUGUGGACAGGAGGCCGGACUCCCUGCCUUCAGCUGAGCAGUAGGUGAGAGGAGACCCAACCGGCAGGACCUGAGGGGGACACGGGGCGUUGUACAGAGGACCUGCGACCUGAGCUAGAAUACACCCGAAAUCUGUGUGACUGCUGCUUUAGAGAGCUGCGUUUACACACAAGCUCCUGCUGGUUCUCUACAGGUAUCAAACAAGAUGGCCUCAAGCGACCUAACCAAAGUGGAGAUUUCCGAACCUCCCAAGCAGCUCAGUGCGAGCGUGGAGGCCGUGGAGUUCAUGUCCAGCGUGGAGCCGGAGGAGCUGCGCCUCUGCUUCUUCUCGGAGUCGUUACAGUCCAUCUCGGAGGCCGGUGCCGAGGUCGGCUCGUUCACUGUCAAUGUCCAGCCCGCUUACCACGAGCAGGACGGACGGGAGGACGAGAAAUGUGUCCUUGUUCACAUCAGCAGCCAUAGCUUAGUGGACGAGGUCCCCUGCGGAAGCUCCAUCACUGCUUAUAUCUCUCUACAGCUGGAGACGCUGGAGCAGAACCACCACGAGUUUGUCAAGUUAAAAGGACAUUCACUGGAUAAGAAAACGCACAUGAGGAGACAAGGUGACCAGAUGGUGAUCAACAGAGUCAUUACCGAAGGUCAGCGAGUCCGCCAGGAAACAGCGUCCCACGACUGCAGCUCGCUGGCUGGGCUGGUUUCAGAGGCGUCAAACCUGCUGAUCAUGCGGCUUCUCGCCAGGAGGAAAACCCCGCAGAACCUGGAUUUUCUGACCCUCGAUGCGGAGAUGAACCUGUGUGUCUCGUCCUAUCGAGAGCUCGGCCCCCGACCUCAGCUCAUCGGGAAAGACACCGUAGACGUUUACGGCCUAGAGCGAGCGAUCCUCUCGGACGAGGUCCCGGUCACCUGGCAGAGCUACUUCCUACCGGACGGACAUCUGAGCAGCCGCGUCCAGGUCGGAUCUCCGGUCACCAUGAGAAUCACGCAGAUGCCGAUACUUUCUGAGCCAGAGGAAGAAGAUCCCAAACCAGUGUUUGAAAAGAAGCCCUUAAACUGGGAGGAGGACGCGCAGCUGUACUCCCAAUACCUAGAGAGAAAGGAAGAACUGUUGUCAGAUCACGAGACGUACCUGCGACGACAUCCAGAGAUAAAGGCUCUUCUGGGGGACUUCAUGCAGUUCUUACUCCUCAGGAAGCCAGAGGACGUCAUUACUUUUGCAGCAGAGUUUUUCGGGCCUUUUUCCUCCGCAGAAGAGCGAGGCGAGACUUUCCGAUCAUCCGCAAUCUCUAGUCUAUUUCGUGAAGGGUCCAAGUAAUCACAGAAAUUCUGAUUAAAGGAAUUACACCACGCAUGGCAAAAAUACAUGCAUAAGGGCUCAUGCACAAAACCGU